AUGUCUGUGGACAAUUUGGGCCAGUAUCGGCUUGUUCCAGACGUGGAGUAUGCUGCAGACAGCAAGGAUAUGGUCCCGCAGAAGAGCUGCCAGCCAGAUUGCUGGGAAGAGUUGCUCCAUAGUGUUGGCUUCAAUCUCUUUAUCUCCACAUUGAUCGUGGCGAAUGCCAUUGUCAUUGGCCUGGAGACAGACAGUACCGGCGAGGUAUGGGCUGUGCUGGAGAUUUCCUUUCUUGGUAUCUUCACUGUGGAGCUGCUUCUGCGAAUUCUGGUCUCUGGACCAGCUAAGUUCUUUGCGUACGCGAACGAAGACUUCAGCUGGAACCUGUUUGACUUCUGCGUCGUUAUUGCUGGUUGUCUCGAUGUCAUGUUUGACUUCUCGCCAGUGCGACAUGAGAAAGGGAGCUUCAUGACCUUUCUCCGAAUCAUCCGGCUGCUCAGAGUCAUGCGGAUGAUCCGGCUCCUGCGCUUCCUGCGCGAUUUCCACGUGCUGACAUUUGGCUUUGCAGCCGCGGCUGUGGCAAUCAGGAAUGUUUCGCUGCUGAUGCUGGCUGCCAUUUAUGUUACCUCCAUCGUGUGCGUUCGGCUGAUCAUCCCCUUCAUGCAGACCAACGAGCAUGAGGAGUUUCUGAAUGCCCACUUCGGCUCCCUUCGAAAGUCGAUGCUGUCGUUAUUCUUCCUGCUCUCGGAGCCAGACCUGAUGCCUUAUUGGGACGUCUUGGAGUCUGACGCGCUUUUUGCUGCCUUCCUCAUCGCCUUUGUUGUCUUCGUAAGCUUCGGCAUUGUGGGUCUGCUGACUGGCUUGGUUUGCGAAAGUAUGUUUGACAAGAAUGAUGCCAAGAUUGAGCAAGAGCGCGCAGAGGCCGAGGAAAAACGGCAGAGGAUAAUCAAGAGCUGUGAGGGUAUCUUCGAGACUAUUGCAAGCACUCAAGGUCAUGCAUCGAUUGAGGACAUCAUGCAGAUCCUGCCUGCGCUGGACGAACUCUGCGUUGAUGAGGGUGUUCCCUUCGCACGAGAGGAUCUGGUGAACACAGUCAAUUGCAUGGACACCGAUGGCAGUGGUUCCAUCGACAAGAAGGAGUUCUGUCAGAGCAUCGUGCACCUGGCGGAGGGCCUGCGUCCCAUUUCGAUCGUGGAGCUGCACUACAUCACUGCCCAGACAAAGGUCAAAGUGGACAGGUGCGAGGGCCUGCUUGCGAGUAUCGCGCAGCAUUUGGAGCUUGACCAGGCAUCUGGAAAGCCGGCAGCAUCCAAGCAGGCUGUACAUCUUCGCCCACCAGCGGCAGCUCGAUCGCGAACGGCGCCAAAGGAGCGCCUUUCCGCAAGCAAGUUCAACAGCAAUCCGACGCGAGAGCGGCAAUUGCAGUGCCAAACAUCUGAUCACGACCCUUGCAUCGAUCCAGCAGAAUGGAUCUUCACCAAAGAAAUUAUGGACGCCAGGGAUAUCAUAUUAAAGGAGCUGCGAUCCUCAAAGGUUCUGGCCUCUCAGUCUGUCCACAGCAGCGGUGACAUGGAGCGCAGCCUUCGAGAGGUUGAGACGCUCCAGCGCGAGAUAUCUUCUCAACUUCAGCAUCAGCUGAAUGGCGUUGUCGAAGCAACUCGCCAGGUUCACACUGGCAUUCUGCAGGAAGUUUCAUCGAUGCAAUCCUGUGUGUCUGCAACCCUGCAGUCACUCACACAGCAGAAUGCUGCCAAUGUUGAAAGUUUAGCUCGGUAUCAGGCCGCACCGGAUGUUGGUAGCGCGAGACAAAGCUGUCACAUUCAAAAGGAGCUUGAAGCAUGGAAGCAUUCGUUCUUCAGUGAGCUGGAGGCUAUGCAUUUGAGCCUUGUGCAACCACCGCAUCAGUGGGUGGCAGCCAGCAAGGCUUUCAGACAGCCCUGGCAACAUGAUUCUACGGACGGUUUCUCGUCCACACGCGGAACUCCCACGAGAGCCAGGGAAGCUGCCGAGAGGAUAGCCGCAGCGGCAGUCCGCCAGAGUCAGCGCAACGAGGCUUGCCUCGCAGAGCGCUCGACACCGACUUCUGCUUCCUCGUGGCCUCCCUCACCAGAUGUUUCGGAUGCCACCAGGCGGUGGAAGGAUGCGCUGAGCUGA